GAAGAAAUGGAAAGAGUGCUGAGAUAAUCAAUGUAACAUUAGCAGGGGUGGGGAUUGUCUCCUCUCAAACAAAUCUUUGCACGUUACAUAAAAUCACAAACACACACUACUCAUAAUUCACUCAGCCCCAACAAAAAAAAAAAAAAAAAGAGGAGGCAAAACUGCCAGCUCUCUUCUCCUCUUUGCUGCUUUCAAUUCCUCCACCUAAUAACAGUCUCACUAUAUAUUCACUUUCUUGUUUUCUCCAUACAUUUUCAUGUACGGACAAACCUGCAUUCGUAAAAUGUAGCUUCACUCAGUACUCUACUUUUCGACUUCUUUAGCAAAGCUUGAAUCUUUAUUUUCUUGGGAUUUUUUUAUUUUCUUGGGAUUUUUUGUUUUCUUGAUUUAUGAACUAUGAAGAGGUUCAAAUGGUUGAAGCAGAUUGCGAAUAAUGGUAAGCUGGAGAGGAGGCUAUCUUUAGGUGAGUACAGGAGAGCUGUGUCUUGGUCUAAGUACUUGAUAUCUUCUGGUGCUGCAAUCAAAGGGGAGGCUGAGGAAGAAUGGAGUGCAGAUAUGUCUCAGCUUUUUAUUGGUAAUAAGUUUGCUCUGGGUAGGCAUAGCAGGAUUUAUAGAGGGCUGUAUAAGCAGAGAGAUGUGGCUAUUAAGCUCAUUAGUCAGCCUGAGGAGGACCAGGAUUUGGCUGCAUUUCUCGAAAAACAGUUUACUUCUGAGGUUGCUCUCCUCUUCCGGUUGCAUCAUCCAAAUAUCAUCACUUUCUUUGCAGCAUGUAAAAACCACCCAGUAUUUUGUAUUAUUACUGAAUAUCUGGCUGGGGGAUCCCUACGCAAAUAUCUACAUCAACAAGAACCAUACUCCCUUCCCUUCAACCUAGUUUUAAAGUUUGCUAUUGACAUUGCACGAGGAAUGCAGUAUCUCCAUUCUCAGGGUAUAAUUCACAGGGAUCUCAAAUCAGAGAAUCUGCUUCUUGGUGAAGAUAUGUGCGUGAAGGUAGCAGAUUUUGGAAUCUCAUGUCUGGAAUCUCAAUGCGGCAGUCCAAAAGGAUUCACAGGAACUUACCGUUGGAUGGCACCAGAAAUGAUACGAGAAAAGGCUCAUACGAAGAAAGUUGAUGUUUACAGUUUUGGCAUUGUACUAUGGGAGCUUUUAACUGCAUUAACACCAUUUGACAACAUGACUCCAGAACAGGCUGCUUUUGCAGUUUGUCAAAAGAAUGCAAGACCGCCAUUGCCAUCAACAUGUCCUCUAGCAUUUCGUCGCCUCAUCAGACAGUGCUGGGCAAGGAACCCUCUAAAACGGCCACAAUUUGAUGACAUUGUGGCAAUCCUGGAAAGCUACGCAGAGUCUCUUGAGCAAGACCCUGAAUUCUUCUCAUCGUAUGAAGUUCCCAGUCGUCAUGGCAUCUCACGUUACCUGCCCAACUUGAUAACGUCGUGUGCUAAUGCUUCUCAAGAAGCAUAGUUGAGAAACGUUUGUAUGGUAAAUCCAAUAUACUGCACAAUGUUUAAGUGACCUUUUGAAUGUAUAUUUUCUGUUCAUCAUUCUGCAGCUGGAAUUUGUCAAAGGCAGAUCCCCUCACUGUUAUGCUUUAGACUUCCCCUCGUAUUUGUACUGGAAAACUUGAGAGCAUCUACAAUUUUUAAUACCACAUAUUUGAUUUCA